UGGAUUUGAAGUUGAAUGGCCUCCUCUCUCUCUCUCUGAGCGGACUGUCAUCGUCUUCGCGUUCUAAUGGUGCACUCUCUCAGCACCCACUCUCUCUCUACUCUCUUUCUCUCUCCGUCACCAGCCCCAUCUCACCAUUUCUGUUUCAUAAGAAGAGCAUCCUCAUCCACCUCCCUCCAUUUUAAUGGCACCUUCUGCAGCCAAGACCCAAUUUCAGAGAAAAAAACUCAAAGCAAAAGAGCAAUGAAAGCUUUGAAGGAAUGGCAGGAAUAUGAAGAAGCAGUGAGAGAAAGGGACCUCGGUCGAGCCCUGAAGUUUCUGGAAUCUCUUGAGCCCCUUCCUUCAGAUGUUCAAAUAACAACUGGAGGUGGGCUAGUGAGAGAUUGGGAAGUGCUCGAUGCUUGCUUAAAUGCAGAUGAUAUGAAGAUGGUGGGGAGUGCUUAUGAAUUUCUUCAAUUGAGGGGCUUCUUGCCCAAUUUCGGGAAAUAUAAGAACAGGGUUUCUGUGGGAUCAAGAAAUGUGACACCAACUAUUUUAAAGUCCUCAACUGGCUUGGAUGCUUCGAAGCUUUCACCCAAGAAGUGGGGACUUUCUGGAAGCUCUGGGGCCGUGUUAGUUACUUUUCUUGGUGGAGUCUCUUUCCUGUUGUCAAAAGGAAUAGAUAUAAGACCCAACCUAGCUGCUGUAUUGGGUCUAGCUUGGCUAGACUCAAUAUUUCUAGGUGGUUGUUGCAUUGCUCAAAUCUCGUUUCUUUGGCCACCUUACCGGCGUCGGGUCCUUGUUCAUGAAGCAGGCCAUCUUCUAAUUGCCAAUUAUCCCCGAGUGGUUGAAGGUUGGAUCACAUGCCGUGACAAAGUAUCAUCUACCACAUCAUCAGUCUCGGUAGAUGCAAGGGGGAGGAGAGGUCCUAGUGAUGGAUUAGGGGACCGGGCAUCAUCAUCAGCGUCGAGCAUAUUUGAUGGGUUGUCCUAUCCGUGGUGUCAUUUUAGAUCCAUUGGUGGCAGUCCAAAUGGGUAUCCAGGGACAGGCAGGCACUCAAUUCUGGGAUGAAAAGUUGGAAAAAGAGCUUGCAGAUGGCCGACUUAGCAGUACUGCGUUUGACAGGUACUGCAUGGUUCUUUUUGCUGGUAUUGCAGCUGAAGCACUUGUCUAUGGAGAGGCCGAGGGUGGCGAAAAUGAUGAAAACCUAUUCAGGAGCAUUUGUGUGCUCCUCCAACCUCCUCUCUCCACCUCACAGAUGUCAAAUCAGGCACGAUGGGCUGUACAGCAAUCAUACAAACUUUUGAAGAUGCACAAAGGUGCACAUAGGGCUGCUGUUAAAGCUAUCGAAAACGGCAAAGGUCUUGGCACAAUCAUUAGGCGUGUUGAGGAAGCCAUGUCUCAAGAUCAAUGAACCGCGAAAUAGAUAUACCAAUCAGAAAGAAAAACAACCUGGGAAACAUAUUACCUUAUUGGUGCUGGCAUUUUCACAUAUGUCCAAGGGUAAAAGAGAAUGAAGAAGACUAUCAGCUUUGGGCUCGAAGGUUCGGAACUUCUCUUGGUCAUGCUUCUGAUAUAAAUGACAAUUGGACGGUGUAGGUGGUGGUUGUUGGCCAUUACACGAGGGAAAUUGAUAUUGGGGGUGGAUUUUCUAUGUGAAUUAUGUCAUGCAUGCAAGUACGGUCAAUCAUUAUUACCUUGUUUUUUCUGUGUGUUCCUGUGUUUCGCAGAAGACUGGUAACAUUGGUAGACCACUGGUUUCAGUUUGACCUGUGCAACGUAUCAAAUAUAACCAUGGGUUGAACGUGCAGAUAGAGAAACUGGGAUGACAGGAAGGAGCCAUUGUAUAUCGAAAAUGCUUGUAAAGAUGCAACAGAAAUUUGGCUGACUGGAUAGGGGAACAAAGCCGGCAAAAUGUGAGGGAUGACAGGAAAGAGCCAUUGUAUAUCGAAAAUGCUUGUAAAGAUGCAACAGAAAUUAGCCGACUGGAUAGGGUCACAAAGCUGGCAAAUUGUGAAGGAACUGGGAUGACUAGAAAGUUGUAUAUAUCCUUUUAUAAGGAAAUUAAACUUCCAAUUUCUGUAACGUGCAAUGCUCAGGAUAUUUUUAGGGAAAUUUAACAGAUCGGGUAAGGCCCAAAAAUA